GUUGGUACAGUCUCUUUCGGGCUUCAGUUUCUUUACCAAGACUGGGGGGAGGGGAAGGUGUAUUUUACUCCCCUUGAUCUAUCUGUCUGUUUAUCUCUCUGUCUGUCUGUCUGUCUACAAGUCUACUAACACUGCGAAUUUCUGCGGAUCUAUUCGAUAACUCGCAUAUUUUUCAACAUUUCAAAAAAUUACAUAUUCCCUUUACAUUCUAUUGAUUGAUUAGAGCACUAACUGUGUGCUUGUGUCUGUGUCUGUGUAUCUGUGAGUUAAGACAGCCAGAAAAGAGGAGCACAGUUUAAACACUCUAUCGAAAUUGCAAUUAAUUAAUUAAAAAACAUAAAAAUAUGCAAACUGAUGGUAGUGGUCAUGCUGAUGUCGGCGGCGGCGGCAUUUCAGUACAGAUUCGUCGAAUUUUUCCAAGAUGGUUUUCAAAAUUCAUUAUUGGAUUAUACAUGGCAACACCAUCUUUAUUCGACAAAGUAUCACCAAUGCUGUUGAGAUCAUUUCUAUCCGGAAAUUUUGAAAAUGUUUUCUCUCUGAUAAUUGAUUUUUUCAUUCGUCCAAGUGUGGCGCUUGCAGACUAUGACAUCUCGGAUAGAAGAUCGUCUGCAAUGUCUUCGCUGCUCUUGUUGUUCGCCUUGUUCGAAGGAAUGUGUGGCUUUGUUUUGCCAAUAUGCUCAGCUUUCCGAGUGUCGAAUGGAUCACCGAAGCGUCACUACUAUGAAGAUUUCUUAAUCUUUCAAAUUUGUCUAUCACUUGUUGCAUUGGCCUACCUACAGUCGCUAAUAUGCUAUUAUGAUCGUAAGGAGAAUCUACGUCGUAAACAUGAAUUAAUGUUCAUGAAUCAAGUGAAUGAGGCUAGACGUAUGUGGUCAGAUCAAAGUCUAUCAGAUACAGAGAAUAAUGAUAUCGACGAGGAAGGUGGUGAUCAGCAUCACCGACAUCAACAGCAGCAGGAGCAGGAGCCUCAUCAUCACUGGGAUAUGGUAGUGAGAAAGAAUGAGGAUAAACUACGCUUAGUCACUUUUAAUGAUCCACACGAGAUAGUUAAUACUGAGUCGAAUGUUAUUACUGCUCAUCCCAAAUCGAUUGAUUCGUCGAAUAUAAAAAACUCGGGGGAUCAAAUUGUUCAAGAAGAGAGUAGUAUUAGUUCAAAGGAGAACGAAGAUAGAUUCAAAUCGUAUAACAAUAUGUUGAAAAUGAACAAGUCAGAACAAAGUGAUCAAAAGUCACCGACAUUGAGUGUUACAUUUGCCAGUCCUGUCAUUAAUAAUAAGCGUAAUGGUAAACAUACUUUGAUUACGAACAGUAAUUAUAACGAAGGGGAUUCUGAAGAGGUGAAGAAACUGAAGGCUAACAGCAUCAUCAACAACAACAAUAACAACAACCAUGAUAAUGAGACAAACAGAUCACCAAAAAUGGGACAAAUUGCUUCGAGAGCAGCAGCUAGAAAAAUGAAAUUCUUUGGUGAAGACUACAAUGGCAGUACUACUAAUGGGAAUACAAAUGGUAGUAGUAUGAAUUAUAACCAUAAUAAUGAAAAUAAUGACGAUAGUAAUAAUAACAAUACUCAUAAUAACAAGACUGAAGAUACUACCAAUAGCAUUAUCAUUGAGGCGAACAACACCAUUCUGCCACGGAAUGAUGUAUCAGUUUCACAGAAACCAUCAAACAACUGUACUUCUGAUAAUGAUGAUGAUGCUAAUAAUAAUGUAAAACAGAAUAGUAGUCAUUUCGAUCAGAUCAAUAAUUGUAAUUACUUGGCAAAAAGAUCAAAAGAACAGAGAAUUUCAAUACCGAGAGGGAAAAUGACUAAUUGUUGUGGUCGACGUCCGGAGAGAAACAAAAAACGUCAGUCAUUUCAUCCAUUAGCUAUUAUUUUCGGUGAUAAACCAAGUGGAUCAAAACGUGAAUGUUACUUUUCACGAGAUACUGAAGGUGUGAAUUUGUAUUUACGCUUGGGAGCUGUCGGUUUUGGUUUCGGUGUUAUGAUAUUCGAUGGUUUCAAAAUAGCUGAACCAUGGGAAAAGACGUCAAGCACCGGGGGUGACUGUCAUGGACAAUUAUGGAUUCCUCUACAUAUAUUACAUUUUAUCUAUGUUUUUUGGCAGACAUAUUUUCUAUUUAAACAUCAUCGGGUUGUAUUCAAUGUACAGAAAUUUGUUCUCCGCUUCUUUCUAUGCCAUUUGGCUGUAGCCAAUCUUUGCCAGUGGUUGAAGACAAUUGUUGAUGAAAUCGGUAGUGAACCAUCACAUGAGGGUGGAGGAGGAGGAGCAGGAGCAGCUGGUGGCGGCGGAGUCUCUGCAGGCGGAGAAGGUGGAGAGUCGAAUCGAACAAGUCAUGAAUUUGCUUUGCCGAUUGAAUAUUUUCUAGAACCUCAAGCUGAUUCAGAUACAAAUUUACACGAAUAUUCACAUGGUGCAAGUUCACCAAGUUUUAAUUUAACUAAUCUGGCCAAUAUGGUAUUGUCAGAUGGGAAGAAAACAACGUCUAGUGUGUCACCACUGCAUUUGGAUCAUGGGAGCUCGACUAUGCAAACUGCAGGUGUAGCAGCUUGUGGUUCGACAGUGAAAAAACUCGCCCCCUUUUUAUUUCCAUGUGCUAUUGAAUACAGUCUAAUUGCUGGUGCUAUCUUCUAUAAAAUGUUCGAGAAAGUUGGACAUGUACGCAAGGAAUCAGAACGUUUGGAGAAAUUGCGUAAGGCCAAUUUGAAGACAAAACAAUUCUCUGAAUGUCAUCGUUCGCAUAAAGGAUUAUUUGUUGGCCUGCUAAUAUUUAUGGCUACACUAGUUGCUAUGAGCCUAUUCUUUAUAUUCAUUGUUAAAAAUGAAACAAAGAAUACAGCGAUCACAUUGUAUCAAGGCACAGAAUUAGUACUGCUGUCUGUUAGUACAAUCACAUGUAUUAUCAGUCUGUUUCGUUUAAGAGCACUGAAGUUAAGUGAUUUGUCCGAAGAAGUGGCAUUCGAUGAUAACUUACUGUUAAUUGGUUUAGUUGGAAUGUUAUUCUACGAUUUAUUUCUACUUGUGCCUGCUUUGGAGGCUAUACCGAAUGGUGCGAUUGCAGCAAAAUUGUACACAGCUAAAUCUAUACUUGAAAUGAUACAGUCUAUGUUACAGGUAUUUUUCAUCCUUGAAGCAUCAAGACGUUGUGCUGGUACACUAGAACAUGUACAAAAUAAACCAGGCCGUACAAUGAUUACAUUUUUAUUAGUUUUAAAUUUAGCUAUGUGGUUUGUGAAUACUUUUGAAGUGAAACGUGCUGAUAAUCAUAGUAUCCAUAUUAAUUAUUAUUCAUCUAUGGCAUGGAGAAUUAUUACGCAUAUUGCUCUCCCGUUGAUUGUAUUCUUUCGUUUUCAUUCAACUGUCUGCCUAUCCGAUAUCUGGGCAAAUGCUUAUCGUUUUAGAACAGAAUAAGAAUAAUGCACUAGAUAACGUUUGAAUUGGAUUCUGCCUUGUUAUAUGCAUGCAUACACGUAUAUAUUAUUCAUCACCUUCUCAUGUCUGUUUUUUCCCCUUCUCCUUCUUCGUCUCGUUGUCAAUACACCGCUUUCUCUCCCCUUCUUGUUGUCUAUUCUUCUUGAGAUACAGAGUGACACAGGAAAGAAGGAUAGAUGGAUGGAUGAGACGACUUCAGCAGGUUAAGUGUAGUGUAGUGUGGAGUAGAAUAGACAAGUU